GGGAGGGGUUGGCCUUGCUGCUCUUAGUUCUUAUUUGGGUUCGUUUUAUUCUUUUUUCUGAGCUGAGUCUUGACUUACUAUUGCACUUGGAAUCAAUAGUAAUCAAAUGGAUUAGCAGAGUGUCCUUUGUUUGACAUUUGAAGGAUUAAGAAAGGAAACGAGGAACUAAUAGCUAAGCAAUCACUGAUGUGGUUCUAAGGUUUCAAAUGCACAAUGCCUUUGUUGUCAGAAGGUUUCCUUCUUCCAGAAAGUACAACAAAGGGUUCUGUUAAACUCUGGCAUUUGCCUAUUUACACUUUUCAUUGUAAAUGUGGCACCUCUAGUUGGAAACUUGAAUGCUGAAGUUUUCAAUAAGGCUAGGAUUUGGAAGGACAAAAGUUUGGUAGAUUGUUGUGUUUGCUAUUAAGUUGUCAAAUAAAAAUAUAACACAUGGAAUUUGUUUUUUGCGAAAAUCCCAACAAUAUGGCGUUGAGCUGAUUUAAAUAUCCACGCGAUAUGUUGCUAUUGAAAAUUAGAUCUUAAAAUCUCACUGAAAUGUUGUCCAAUUUAGAAACUGCUGUUAACAUAUGUUACAACAAACAAGAGUUUUAUUUAACGCUUUUGCACGUUACUAAAAAGCAUAAACUGUUAUCAUUGUCCGUAUAUUUUUCAGUUGGACUUAAGUACGCAUUAGACUAUACUUAAGUUCAACCAAAAUUUUGGACUAAGCUGUAUAGGGGGUGAGAUCUGUCAAAAUACUCAUGGAAUGAGAGGAGUGUCUCCAUUGGGUCUUUCCCUGGCACAUUUGCAUGUGCUAUAAGUGCAGCUUCUAAGCUGUUUCCUUUCACUCAUCUGCACCACCAUGUCGAGUUUGGAGGAACCACUCGGUCUUGACAAAUUGCCAAGCAUGAGUACCAUGGAUAGAGUUCAGAGGUUCUCAUCAGGUGCUUGCCGUCCCAGAGUAGAUAAUUUGGGCAUGGGAAACUGCUUCAUUGAGGGCCGAAGUUGCAGCACAUCUAAUAGCUGCAACGAAGAUGAUGAAGAUUAUACAGUGGAGACAUUUCCAUGGAAGAGACAUACUAGGGACAUGUCCCGAGGGGGCUCCUAUUGUCAAAGGGCAACGAGUUCCGGAAGGAACUCAGUCAAAUUUGGAAAAACUGAUGAUUUUUGCUUUUCAGAUUGUCAGUAUAGUCCCAAGUGUAAUCACAAAGACAUACAAGAAAUGACAUACAAGUUUCUGAAAGGAAUACCAAAAUUUGUAAAGAUAGUAGAAGUUGGUCCAAGGGAUGGAUUGCAAAAUGAGAAGGAUAUCGUACCUACAGCUGUAAAGGUUGAAUUGAUACAUCGACUGGCAUCUUGUGGGUUGUCUGUUAUUGAAGCUACUAGUUUUGUAUCUCCCAAAUGGGUCCCACAGUUGGCUGAUGCAAAGGACGUAAUGCAAGCAGUUCAUAACUUAGAAGGCAUCAGAUUGCCAGUUUUGACUCCUAAUUUAAAGGGCUUUGAUGCUGCCAUAGCAGCUGGUGCUAGAGAAGUAGCUGUUUUUGCAUCAGCUUCUGAAUCAUUUUCAAAAUCAAACAUUAACUGUAGUAUUGAAGAGAGUCUUGUCCGUUAUCGUGCUGUUACACGUGCAGCUAAAGAGCUUUCAAUUCCUGUUCGAGGGUAUGUAUCAUGUGUUGUUGGAUGUCCAGUGGAAGGACCAAUCUCUCCCUCUAAAGUGGCAUAUGUAGCUAAAGAACUCUAUGAUAUGGGUUGUUUUGAGAUCUCCCUUGGUGACACAAUUGGAGUUGGCACACCAGGGACUGUCAUUCCCAUGCUUUUGGCUGUAAUGGCUGUCGUUCCAAUAGAGGCAAUUGCUGUCCACUUCCAUGACACUUAUGGCCAAUCCCUUCCCAAUAUUCUGGCGUCCCUUCAAAUGGGGAUUUGUACAGUGGACUCCUCUGUUGCUGGUCUUGGUGGGUGUCCAUAUGCUAAGGGAGCUUCGGGAAAUGUCGCUACUGAAGAUGUCGUGUACAUGCUGAAUGGGCUAGGAGUGAAAACUAACGUUGACCUUGGAAAGCUCAUGUCUGUCGGGGACUUCAUCAGCAAGCAUCUGGGUCGCCCCUCUGGCUCAAAGACUGCUAUUGCCUUGAGCCGAGUCACAGCUGAUGCCUCUAAGAUAUGAGAUUAUAUAUUGCUAUCAAUAUUUAUUCAUAUUCUUCAAGCAACGACAAACAUCUCAAUCCACGUCAUGUUUCUAUUUCUACAUGUAGAAUAUAACCAAAAGACCCCCUCAUAUUAUGAGGUGAAAAGUAAUAAAGUAGUUUAUUAUCUACCAA